AUGGAUUUCGAAGUUCUUACUGAUAGUCUACCAGAGGACACCUCCCUCCCUGCUUUCAUGGUAUCAACAACUCGGGGUUUCCUUCCUAGGCAAGAUCCACCAGCGGUCCUACCUUCGGAGUUUGAGGCACUAGAGAGCAUUCUUCAAGACAUGCCAAUUCGAAAGGCGUCAGGAGAGCCGGGGCUACUUCACAGCCGCGAGUUGGGCACCAGAGUUGAAUCUUUCCCUAACUUAGUAGCGGAAAUCGAUAAGUAUCGUGACAACAAGGUCAUUUUAAAUGCCUUAUACCGAGAUUACUCUUUCCUCUUGAGCGCAUAUCUCUUCGAGCCUUGCUAUGAUACGUACAUAAAGACAGACGGUCAAGAAUAUGGCCUUGGAAGAGCCCGCCUGCCAGCGAACAUAGCGCAACCGAUGGCCAAGGUAGCGGAAUUAACUGGAUUUAAACCCUUCAUGGAAUAUGCUGGGAGUUAUGCUCUUUUCAACUGGCGUAGACUCGACCCAAAUAGGGGGAUGGAUUAUGAUAAUCUUGCUCUGAUCAGGGCUUUCGAAAAUGGUCUUGAUAACAAGAGCUCGGAGGCGGGCUUUGUACUGAUACAUGUUGAAAUGGUAAAGCAUAGCCAUGGCCUUGUAAGCGGCGUUCAGAAGGGUCUAAAGGCUCUCCGAGAUUUGGAUUCUCCCGACAGACUAUCUGUGUUUCAAGAAGGGCUUCAAGAAAUACUAGAGGCCUUCAAAAAGGUAAACAAGGUGAUGAACGAUAUGUGGCAAAAAUCCAAGCCUGAAGCAUAUUCAGGCUUCCGAACAUUCAUCUUCGGCAUCCAUUCUCAACCAAUGUUCCCAGACGGCGUCAUUUACGAGGGCGUUUCCGUAGAGCCGAUGAAAUUCCGCGGCGAAAGCGGUGCUAAUGAUAGCAUGAUCCCUCUCGUCGAUAAUUUCAUGUGCAUUGAUAUGCCAGAAAACCCCCUCACUCAAAUCCUCAAGGAUUUUAGGAACUAUCGGCCUGAUGGGCAUAAGGGAUAUCUCAAGUGGGUAGAGACUGUCGCAAAAGGAACUGACGAUUACCCAAGCGUAAAGGAGUUCUCGUUGGGGAACCAAAAAACAGCUGUUUUGUACCUCUUGAUUCUCGAUCAGAUCCGCGAGUUUAGAGGGAGGCACUGGAACUUCACAAGGGAAUAUAUUUUGAAACAAGGGAAACGGCUUCAUCCAAAGGCCACUGGCGGAUCCCCAAUAGUCGAGUGGCUUCCGAAUCAAUUAUCGCAAAUUCUCAACAUUAUGUCGGAAGUCCAAGAACACAUCACAAGAACGUAUUCAGAAGAGUCUCUCAAGGGUGGUGAUGCUGCCGAAUUUUUGAGGAUUAAGGAUACUGUCCCGAAGGAUCUUGCCAAACUAGAAAAGGAGGUCAAAACAUAUUCUACUAAUCUAGCAUCCCAGUGA